AGGAAUAGACGCGCAUCGAAAUCCAGACGGCGGCCAUAGACUGUAUAAAACAGGCGACUGGUUUCACGGGAGUCUCGGACAUCGCUGUUAGCAUCCAACAGCAGGAAUCACAUGAUCCAGAUCCUGUCUGCUGCGAGUAAAAGCCAACGAUAUUCCAAGGGACAAUGAAGCUGAUCAUCCUCAAUGACUACGACCAGGCAAGCGAGUGGGCUGCAAAGUACAUUAGAAACAAGAUUUUACUGUUCAAACCUGGCCCGGACAGAUAUUUCACGUUGGGGCUCCCCACAGGAAGCACUCCCCUGGGUUGUUACAAGAAACUGAUCGAGUAUUACAAGAAUGGAGAAAUCUCAUUCCAGUAUGUAAAAACGUUCAACAUGGAUGAAUAUGUCGGACUUCCCAGAGAUCACCCUGAGAGCUACCACUCCUUCAUGUGGAAUAACUUCUUCAAGCACAUAGACAUAAAAGCAGAGAACACCCACAUCCUAGAUGGCAACGCUGCCGACCUGCAAGUAGAGUGUGAAGCCUUUGAGAAAAAGAUAACCGCUGCCGGGGGGAUCGAGCUCUUUGUCGGAGGUAUUGGACCAGAUGGCCACAUUGCCUUCAAUGAGCCUGGUUCAAGUCUGGUUUCCAGGACUAGGGUGAAGACUCUGGCAAAGGACACUAUCAUGGCUAACGCUCGAUUUUUUGAUGGGGAUCUCUCAAAGGUGCCCACCAUGGCUCUGACUGUGGGAGUGGGCACUGUCAUGGACGCAAAAGAGGUCAUGAUCCUCAUCACUGGAGCACACAAGGCAUUUGCUUUAUACAAAGCUAUAGAGGAAGGCGUGAAUCACAUGUGGACAGUGUCUGCGUUCCAGCAGCACCCGCAGACUGUUUUUGUAUGUGAUGAAGACGCCACCCUGGAACUGCGAGUGAAAACUGUAAAGUACUUCAAAGGGAUGAUGCACGUACACAACAAGCUGGUGGAACAACCUCUUUCAGGGCCAGAGAAGAACUGAGGAUAUCUUUUCCAAAUGCUGUGGAUUCAUGAGGCAUUGAAAAAUGAGCACUCCAAUGAUUCCUUGAUCUUGUGGUAGGGACAACAUUCGUGGCCAUCAAGCAGUGCUUGGUGUUAACCUCAACUAAUCCUUGUAGAAAAAACAAAUCAGGUGCUGAUGUUGUGCAGGCUAUUCAGGUGAUUGUUCAUACAUAUUUGCUUCUCGUUUGUUCUUUUAAAUAAAGUGCAUUUAAUUUUC